UCUCUCACCUCUUUCCUCCUCGCAGUCAUUGAGCAGCCAGUGCUGGAGCGCCAGUAGCCGGCUCCUAUGCCACUCUGCAUAAGAACUUGUUUCAGAUAUCAGGAGGAAAUAGAAGGAACAGAGCCAUUUCAAGAGGAAAGAGAGCUGCGCACCGCGGGUUAAGAGACUAAGAGGAGAGCGUGGCCGGGGGGGCUCUCUUUCCCAUACAGACAAACCGCGGUUCACGCAGAAUAUGGCGGAGCAGCACACAGUCACCGACAGCAAGCACAAAGCUUCUUCGAAUACCGGGGGCUCGCUCUCGGGAAACAGCCGGCCUAGCGCCGCGGGUGGAGGAGGCGGAGGUGGAGGCCUUUCUGGUGGACUGACGCAGCCGGCAGGAUGGCAGUCCCUUUUAUCGUUCACCAUACUCUUUCUGGCCUGGCUGGCAGGUUUUAGUUCGAGACUCUUCGCAGUUAUUCGUUUCGAGAGCAUCAUCCACGAGUUUGACCCCUGGUUCAACUACAGAUCAACGCAUCACCUCACGACGAAUGGGUUCUACGAGUUCCUCAACUGGUUUGACGAGAGAGCGUGGUACCCGCUCGGCAGGAUAGUGGGGGGAACUGUGUACCCGGGUCUGAUGGUCACCGCCGGCCUUAUCCACUAUGUGCUGAACCUGCUGCAUGUGACGGUGCACAUCCGGGACGUGUGCGUCUUCCUGGCGCCCAUCUUCAGCGGCCUGACGUCCAUCUCCACCUUCCUGCUGACGCGGGAGCUCUGGAACCAGGGGGCUGGGCUGCUGGCCGCCUGCUUCAUCGCCAUCGUCCCCGGCUACAUCUCCCGCUCCGUCGCCGGCUCCUUCGACAACGAGGGCAUCGCCAUCUUCGCCCUCCAGUUCACGUAUUACCUAUGGGUGAAGUCUGUGAAAACUGGCUCAGUCUUUUGGACCAUUGGUUGCUGUCUCUCCUACUUCUACAUGGUGUCGGCGUGGGGAGGCUACGUCUUCAUCAUCAACCUCAUCCCCCUCCACGUCUUUGUGCUGCUGCUCAUGCAGCGCUACAGCAGGAGGGUCUACAUCGCUUACAGCACGUUCUACAUCAUCGGCCUAGUGCUCUCCAUGCAGAUCCCGUUCGUGGGCUUCCAGCCAAUCAGGACCAGCGAGCACAUGGCGGCAGCAGGUGUGUUUGCGCUGCUGCAGGCCUACGCCUUCCUCCAGUACCUGAAGGACAGACUCACCAAACAGGAGUUCCAGACGCUCUUCUUCCUCGGCGUGUCGAUGGCUGCUGGGGUGGUCUUCCUCACUGUCAUAUACCUGACUUACACAGGGUACAUCGCUCCCUGGAGUGGCCGGUUUUACUCGCUGUGGGACACUGGGUACGCCAAGAUCCACAUCCCCAUCAUCGCCUCCGUGUCGGAGCACCAGCCCACCACCUGGGUCUCCUUCUUCUUCGACCUCCACAUCCUGGUCUGCACCUUCCCAGCAGGCCUCUGGUUCUGCAUCAAGAACAUCAAUGACGAGCGCGUUUUUGUGGCCCUGUACGCCAUCAGCGCGGUGUACUUCGCGGGGGUGAUGGUGCGCCUCAUGCUGACCCUGACGCCCGUGGUGUGCAUGCUGUCGGCCAUCGCCUUCUCCAACGUCUUCCAGCACUACCUGGGUGAUGACACGAAGAGGGAGAACCCGCCGGCCGAGGACAGCAGUGACGAGGACGACAAGAGGAGUUCCGGAAACCUCUACGAUAAGGCAGGAAAAGUGCGCAAGCAUGUGUCGGAGCAGGAGAAGGCGGAGGAGGGCCUGGGGCCCAACAUUAAGAGCAUCGUCACCAUGCUGAUGCUCAUGCUGCUGAUGAUGUUCGCCGUGCACUGCACCUGGGUCACCAGCAACGCCUACUCCAGCCCCAGCGUGGUGCUGGCAUCCUAUAACCACGACGGAACGCGCAACAUCCUGGACGACUUCCGCGAGGCGUACUACUGGCUGCGUCAGAACACGGACGAGCACGCGCGCGUCAUGUCCUGGUGGGACUACGGCUACCAGAUCGCGGGAAUGGCCAACCGGACCACGCUAGUGGACAACAAUACCUGGAACAACAGCCACAUCGCCCUGGUGGGCAAGGCCAUGUCCUCCAAUGAAAGCGCAGCCUAUCAGAUCAUGCAGAGCCUGGAUGUGGACUACGUGCUCAUCAUUUUCGGGGGCGUGAUUGGCUACUCUGGAGACGACAUUAACAAGUUCCUGUGGAUGGUCCGGAUAGCGGAGGGGGAGCACCCUAAAGACAUUCGGGAGAGCGAUUAUUUCACACCGCAGGGAGAGUUCCGGGUGGACAAGGCCGGCUCCCCCACCCUGCUCAACUGCCUCAUGUACAAGAUGUCCUACUACCGCUUUGGGGAGAUGCAGCUGGACUUCCGGACACCGCCAGGGUUCGACCGGACCCGCAACGCCGAGAUCGGGAACAAGGACAUCAAGUUCAAGCACCUGGAGGAGGCCUUCACGUCGGAGCACUGGCUGGUGCGCAUCUACAAGGUGAAGAAGCUGGAGAACCGCGAGCCGCUGGACCACAAGCCCCGCGUCACCAGCCUCUCCUCCAAACAGAAACACACCUCCAAAAAGACUGCCAAGAGGAAGCGUGGAUACAUUAAGAAUAAACUGGUCCUAAAGAAAGGCAAAAAACUGAACAAGAAGUCUGUUUAACGAUCAGUGGAGAUGGGGAGGUUUUUAAAAUAAAAUUUAAAAAAAUUAAAAAGUGGGGACAAAAAAAAAGGAAAUGCAACAAGCGAAAAGUAAAACAAACACCAACCAAGAAGAACAAACCACCUGUUGUCUGGAAACCCCCCUGAAAGUCUUUGCCAUGAUCUCUGGGUCAUGUGAUUGUCUCUGUAAGGCGGGGCUUAGCCAGUCAGCCAGCUCCCAGCUGUUCUGCCCCUUGGCCAACCCCCUUAUCAGGGCACAGAGGGGGUUGUGAGGGGGGUCAGCCAGCUGAUCUGAGAGAUCUCCAUCGGUUUUAACGAGAGGGCCUUUGUCUCACUCUUUACUUUUUUUUUUUUUGUACUCGAAUGUGCUGACAAGGCAAGAACUCUGCUCAACUGUGUUGGCAGUGAUUAUUCUCAUGGUGCAUCCAGUGAUGCAGUCCUUUAAAAUCUCAGCUUUGGGGGGGGUAGGGGAGAUACAUUGAUGUGAUGAAUCUGGGAGCAGUUGCACCAAAGAAGCCCUCUUGUCUUGAUCUGUGGCACAUGUAAACUUGUUACCUUUAAGAAAAAAAAUGGAAAGAAGGCAUAAAUAAGAAUAAAGGAUUGUAUUUGAGCGGUGAUGCUCCUGAAGCGUGUACAGAGGGUGCAGAGGAACAGGUCCAGGCAGAGCUAUUCUGCGUUCUGGCAACCUCUUAGCUUGGUGACACAUGAAACAUUUGUGACAUUUUAAAAUAUCCAGUGUGUAAAUAUGAUGUAUAGAGGAAAUGUCUAAAAGGGUUCUAUAAUAUAUUGGAAGAUUGUGGUGAUUUUAAAUAUGCAAAAGUUUUUUUUUUUCCUUUUUUUCCUUUACAGACGCCCAUGGUUGGCAGAAGUAAAUAUUGAAUGCAAUAAUGCUUGUUGGGCACGAUUUAAAGGGCAUCAGUUCAUGAAGAAUGUACAUUUUUCUUUUUCAUUUGACAGCUUCUGCCUAAUCGCACAUUGCACUCUGCUGUUUGUUGGAAAUGAAAUAUUUUGACAGUACUUACACUAGUAUGAUUGAUUAUUGAUUAUGGAGGCAUCUCUCCAUCAGGGGGCCCUCUCCUGCUGUCUGAGUGCUUUCAGCCUCAUUGGCAGGAGCCAGUGCUCUUGGCUGAUCUGUCCAUCUCUGGUGAUCCUGCUAUUUCUUGUCAUUCUCUUGCUAAUUGAGAGAUGUACAUUAGUCUGUUGAGAGCUGAUUUGGCAGGAAUAACCAAUUAGCUCUGAUUGUGUGUGUGUGUGUGUGUGUGUGUGUGUGUGU